AUGUGUGUGAAGUUUGCCAGCUGUUUUUCUAUCUCAAAAAUUUCGGUUUCGCUGAGCGCACAGCUGACGGGCAGGUUCUCGGCGGUUGCCAAGUGUUAUUGUGACAUGGGCACCGAAAUUCUUCCCGAAGUGUGCUUUUCACCUGCACCGUCCAGCUUCGACCGUCCAUUCCGCAUUCACGUGCAAGAUCGCACGUUUCUCAUCGACGCGGAAAGCAUGCGGAAGAUCUCACCGGUAUUUUCGGUGAUGUGUUAUGGCAAGGAUUUCGAAGGCGGUCGGGAAUUAUCGCGGGAUAUUGUGGAUGAGAAAUGCGAUGACAUCGACGUUUUCCUGAGAGCUGUUCAUGAUAACAGCGUAAUCAGUGCCACCAACUUUGCCUUGAUUCUUCGUCUCUCGCAUAAGUACCAAGUUUUGCCAGUGAUUGAUGCUUGCCAGGAGUUUGUAAAACGUACCGAUCUUAAUGCUCUUAGCCCUGAUGAAAUCCUUACUUUACUCAUGGCUGCUUAUGAAUUUCACUGUCAACGCGAAGUAUUGGUACAGCUCAUUCGACGAUUAGCAAACGAAAGCAAUGCUGUGUUUGCUCGAUUGAGGAUUAGCAGGUUUUUGCCGGCCCAGAUUUACGGUGCAGUGAUUUCCGCGUCGAUGAAUUUGGCUCAACUUCGCGAGUACGAAGGUAUGAACGGGCACUGUUUGAAGAUGGAGAGAUCCAAAACUCGAUGGCGUAACUCGGUUUGCGAACAAUGUCGAGCAAUUUGCGACCAAUGUGCAACAUGCGAAGAGUGUAAAAAGAGCUUAUGCAAACGUCAUGUUAACGAGCUGAAAUGCACGACAAACUACGGGAAGAAGCUGAUUACAGAACUCAGAGAAAACAUUGUCGAACUUGAUUGGAACGACUGACUUUUGAGUUUGUCGUUUGCAUUUAGUCAUACCCAUCGGUUAUACAGGUUGAUGUCGAGUUUGUACAUAAUGGUAGCGUACUUAGGGUAAGUCUAAACGAACCUUGAGUUUCGUCUAAAUUGCACACUAGCUACAGGUUGUGUUUCUCGUAUUUAUAGGAUUACAUGUUCGAAUUCACGACUUCUCUCAUCAUUUGCUUUAAUUAGGUAGAAUUUGCAGACUGGUUUCAUUACUUGUGGGAAUAAGCGUCAAAAAUCGUAUUAACCAGGACAUCAAUAAAGUGUUAAUCUCUGUCGACAA